CUGCUCCCCGGCAGACUGACGGCUCGGAGGGGCUGGUGUGUGAGGCAGAGCCGCUGCUAUGACCGAUGACGAGUUUAGUCAAGUCAAGGAAAGAAUGAGGAAAAGCGCAGGUCGAGCCCACAGGGAACUCACAGGCAACUCAUGUCGGCUCCGCUCCGUUACUCCUCAGCCAUGGGAACUUUGACUCUCCGUCCACUGCUGCUGGUUCUCCUGCUCUCCUCCGCUGCGGAUGUUUUCAGCUCCAGCAUCUGCACAUCACGAGGAGCCACCACUUGUCGGCAGUGCUUGGCGGUUCACCCCAGCUGUGCAUGGUGCUACCAGGAGUCGUUUGGAGUGGGAGGAUCCAGUGUGUCCCGUUGCGACACUCUGGAGAACCUGGUGAACGGAGGUUGCAUGAGAUCCCAUCUGGAGUUUCCCUCCAGCCAACUUCAGAUUCGGGAGGAUCUCCCACUCAGCAGCAAGGCCUCUGGUACAGCUGAUGGUGUCACUCAGAUACGGCCGCAGAAACUUCACAUUGUAUUAAGACCAGGCGAUUCCAAGCGUUUCACAGUGUCAGUGAAACAGGUGGAGGAUUACCCAGUGGACCUCUACUAUCUGAUGGAUCUGUCGUAUUCAAUGAAGGAUGACUUGGCCCGCCUUGUCAAGCUGGGCGAUGAGCUCGCCGAGUCCAUGGGCAAGACCACAAGCAACCUACGCAUGGGUUUCGGAGCCUUUGUGGACAAAACCAUUUCCCCUUACAUGUACACUAAUCCUCCGGAAGCGGUUGAAAACCCUUGCUAUAGCAUUAGUCAAACAUGCGAGCCUCAGUUCGGGUUCAAGCAUGUGCUGCCACUGACAGAGCAGGUAGCACGCUUCACUGAGGAGGUCGCGAAGCAGCGGGUGUCUAGAAACAGAGAUGCUCCAGAGGGUGGAUUUGAUGCCAUCAUGCAGGCCGUGGUGUGCAAGGAGAAAGUCGGCUGGCGUCCGGACGCCUCACACCUACUGGUUUUCACCACAGAUGCCGUAACUCACAUUGCACUGGACGGGCGUCUAGCUGGCAUAGUCCAGCCCAACGAUGGACAGUGUCAUCUUGAUAAAGACAACAUUUAUAACCAAUCAACUGUGCUGGACUAUCCCUCCUUGGCGCUCAUGCAUGAGAAAAUGGCAAAAAACAACAUCAAUUUGAUAUUUGCAGUAACCGACCUGGUGGAGCCACUCUACAAGGAGUUCAGUAAGCUCAUCCCUGGCACAACAGUUGGAAUUCUAUCCGCCGACUCUGGGAAUGUUAUUGAUCUCAUUCAGGAUGCUUAUGCGAAAAUUCGCUCUAGAGUGCAACUGGAGCUGGUUGGAGUCCCGAAGGAGCUGCAACUCUCCUUCAAUGCAACUUGCCUCAACGGAGAGGUCACCGUCGGACUCAGUUCCUGUACUGGCCUCAACAUUGGAGACACGGUGUCAUUCAGCGUGGAGGCUAAGGUGCAGGGCUGCCCUAAGGAGAAGAGCAGCACUUUUACCAUCAAGCCCCUCGGCUUCAAGGAUGCCCUGGAGGUCACGGUGGAUAUCGCUUGCGGUUGCGAAUGUGAGGCGGAUGCAGAAGCCAACAGCCCACUCUGCAGCAACGGUAACGGCACCUACGAGUGCGGCGUGUGCCAGUGUCACCCGGGUCGCCUGGGCCCUUCCUGUGAGUGCUCGUUGGAUGAAAACAGACCGUCAGACGAUGCUGACUGCAUCCAAAAGCCGGGCGGCCCAAUCUGCAAUGGGAGAGGCGACUGCUUGUGCGGACAGUGCUCCUGCCACGCAAAUGAGUUUGGCCAGGUGUGGGGGAAGCACUGCGACUGUGACGACUUCAACUGCUUGCGCUUCAAAGGGGCACUUUGCUCCGAUCAUGGGAAGUGCAGCUGUGGCUACUGCCAGUGUGACGCCGGCUGGAAAGGAGAAAACUGUAACUGCAGCACAAUCAUAGACACCUGCAUGUCCAGCAUUGGUCUGCUGUGCACCGGCCGGGGCAACUGUGAGUGUGGGGUCUGUCAGUGCACUCAGCCCGGGGCCUACGGAGCAACCUGUGAGAAGUGCCCCACCUGUCCGGAUUCCUGCACCAUAAAGAAAGAGUGUGUUGAGUGUCAGCACUUCAAGAGAGGACAGUACACCACAGACAACAGCUGCAACAGGAUCUGCAAAGAUGAAAUCAAAGUGGUGGAUAAACUGGUUCUCCAAAACACAAAUGCAGUGAAUUGCUCAUACAAAGACGAGAAUGACUGCUUGGAGCACUUCCAGUAUUACGAAGAUGAAAGUGGCAAAUCCAUUCUGUUUGUGGUGAAAGAGCCAGUGUGCCCCGAGGGCCCGAACCUCCUGAUUGUGCUCAUGGGGGUGGCCGGAGCCAUUCUGCUACUGGGCCUGGUUGGCCUCCUCAUCUGGAAGCUGCUGGUCACCAUCCACGACCGCAAAGAGUUUGUCAGGUUUGAGGAGGAGAGAGCCAAAGCCAAAUGGGAUACGGGUAAUAAUCCUCUGUACAAGGGAGCCACCUCCACCUUCACCAACGUAGCGUACCGAGGCACCUGAGGGCGAGGUGGAGAGAGAAACACUCAGGGGUCAGUGACAACGAUGGAAUGUAGCAGAACAGAAAUGGACGAGAAGAAGAUUACACUGUCAUGUGACCAGCUACUGUAACUGAAAAGGGAGUACUGCUGUCAACAGCCUGAUGAAAUUUAUAAAAAGUAAUGAGAAUUGUUAAUAUGAGUCACAUGAAGGGGUUGCAUGCUCCUCAGUUUUUGUUUCACAUUGUCAUGUCUCCAGUGAGCUGGUUCUGUCCGGGUCCUCCCACAGUCCAAACACAUGCACACUGGAGCUAAGUUAAUUGGAUGCUCUAAAUUGCCCAUAGGCCUGAACGUGAGCUUGAAUGGUUGUUUGUCUGUGUGUGUAUGUUUGUUUGUUGGCUCUGUGAUACGCUGGCGACCUGUCCAGGAUGUACCCCGCCCCCCCACCUCCAGUCCAAAGUCCGCAGGGAUUGGCUCAGGCCUCCUGUGACCCUCACAGGAUAAGCAAUAUAGAUAAUUGCACAGAUGGUCGGGUUGAUAUCGGCAGCGUUCUCUCAGCACUCAAAGUUCCAACAACUACAGUUCAGAUUUCAGAAGAGCUGCCUCUGCUGUGACUUUUCUUAUUGGGAAGCCCUUCUACCACUGCAUUAUUUGUGAUCUGCAAUAUAUUUAGGUUUACUAAAUGUUACUCUUAUUGCUUUGUUUUCAGACAGAAAUGGGAAUCACUGAUACAUAAUAGUAAUACGUUAUCAUAGAAAAUACAUUCUGAGGGUUGUUUUUCAGUUUCAUCAACCAAGUUUGAUGUAUUGAGGACCUCUAAGCCUUCCUUUUUUUAAAUGUGGUUAUUUUCUGUGUCAGAGUGCAGCUGCAGCCUAUUUAAAACUUUCAGACCAUCAGAACAAAGUUUAUUAGAAUUACUCAAAUGUGCACUAUAUAAUCUCCAAUGCCUUUCAUAUACAUUACCAUCUCUUUUUUAUAAUACAAAAUAGUUUAUAGCAAUGGUUGAACCUAGCGUGUGUUUAGAAUGACUUGCAUUACAAUGCCUGUGGUCUAUAUUGUUUUUGAAAUGCACACCAGCCAUGGUAACUUUAUUGGUACAUGACAUGUUUCUUUGUCACUGCGUCGCCACCUCUUGUUCUGCUUGUUGGGCUGUUUUUCUAUUUGUUGUAUUUGUACAUAGGGAUUUGUCCUGCCAUUGCUGAACUGUAAAUUGUGUUAUUGUGUUGGAAUUGUGAAUGACAAACUUGCGCUUGCUACUUAAGCCCUUUAUGUUUACGGGAGGUGAUAAUAUUACAGUGUGAGGUGUAUUUUGGUUAAACAGCUCUGAUCCUCUCAGGACAUGGUACAAAAAUACACUGUCUGUUUUCUGUGUUUGUUUGUUUUUGCACUGGUUUAUCUCUUGUUCCUUAAACUGUGGGAAACAUAAAGAUUUACAAAACACGA